UUCUUAGUUUCACUCUAGCAUCAGCAGAAGCAAAAUGGAUCAAAGACCACCUUCUCCAAGUUUCCCCAACUCUCAUUUUAUUGAUAUCCAUGAAGUCUUGCCAGAAGAAGACGAAGAAGAAGAAGAAGAAGCAGAACAAGGGAGUAUUAGCAGAGAGAACCCAUUUAGCAGAACCAUUAAAAUCAAUAGAGAGUUGAAGAGAAGUGAUGGGAGUUUCAAUAGGCAAGUUUCACUGGAGACUGGAUUUUCAGUGCUUAAAAAAGAGUCCAAGGCUAAAUUUGAGAAGAGGGUUAAUCUGCCCAGGAGUGGAAGAAGUUUCGGAGGCUUCGAUUCGAGUAGCAGGCUUGGCAUGGAAGGAAGGAAAGGAGACUUCAGUAUUUUCAAGACCAAAUCAUCAACACUGAGUAAGCAGAACUCUGUGUUGCCCUCGAAGAAGGAAAGAGAUCAGAUGGAGUCUCAGAGGACCACUGAUGGCAAUGGAGGAGGACUUGAUGAAUCUGUUAAUCACAGUGUUCCUGCUGGGAGAUACUUCGCUGCGCUUAGAGGACCUGAACUUGACCAAGUCAAGGAUGAUGAGGAUAUUCUCCUCCCAAAAGAUGAGAAAUGGCCCUUUCUCCUCAGAUUUCCAAUUGGAUGCUUUGGUAUUUGUCUUGGCCUUAGCAGCCAAGCUGUGUUAUGGCAUGCCCUAGCCACCAGCCCAGCCACCAAGUUUCUCAAUAUCUCACCCGUCAUAAACGUUGCCCUCUGGCUAUUAGCUGUGCCAGUCCUGCUCUGUGUCUCCUUCACCUACAUCCUCAAAUGCAUCUUCUACUUUGAAGCAGUGAAAAGAGAGUACUUCCACCCGGUUCGGGUCAACUUCUUCUUUGCUCCUUGGGUUGUCUGCAUGUUCUUAACCCUUGGUGUACCACCUGCAAUUGCCCUAGAAAAACUUCAACCUUUCAUUUGGUGCACUUUCAUGGCACCCUAUUUUCUUCUUGAGCUAAAGAUCUAUGGACAGUGGCUUUCAGGUGGGAAGAGAAGGCUUUGUAAGGUUGCCAAUCCAUCUUCUCAUCUCUCAGUAGUUGGGAAUUUUGUCGGGGCAAUUUUGGCUGCCAAGGUUGGGUGGGAUGAGGCUGCCAAGUUUUUGUGGGCAGUUGGCUUUGCACACUAUCUUGUGCUUUUUGUGACUUUGUAUCAGAGAUUACCUACUAGUGAAGCAUUGCCUAAGGAGCUACACCCUGUGUAUUCCAUGUUCAUCGCAGCCCCGUCAGCUGCAAGCAUUGCUUGGGAAACUAUUUACGGGGAGUUUGACGGGGUGUCGCGGACCUGCUACUUCAUUGCAUUGUUUCUGUAUGUUUCACUGGUCGUAAGGAUCAAUUUCUUCACAGGGUUUAGAUUUUCAGUGGCUUGGUGGUCUUACACCUUUCCAAUGACAACUUUCUCAGUAGCCACCAUCAAGUAUGCAGAACAAGUACCGUCAGUUGGAAGCAAGGGCCUUGCAGUUACUCUUUCUCUCAUGUCAUCUGCUAUGGUGUCAGUAUUGUUCAUGUGCACGCUUCUUCAUGCCUUUGUUUGGCACACAUUGUUUCCAAACGAUCUUGCCAUUGCCAUAACAAAGAGAAGACUUGGCAAAGAGAAGAAACCCUUCAAAAGAGCCUAUGAUAUAAAGCGCUGGACAAAGCAGGCUCUAACCAAGCACAAUUUGAUAACCAAGGAUUUUGAUGGAGGGAAAGAAGAGGGCUAGAGAGAGAGAGAGAUAGAGA